CGUUCCGUAAAAUAGCGAAAUUUGAGAAUGCUGCCCCAUCUGCCCGUCUCUGUACAGGCCUGCCUCCAUCUUUAUCCUUCUCCAUUGUUUCACUCUCAACUCUCACUGCCCUUUACCUUCCAAUUCCACAAGAUGCUUCUUGAUGCUGCAUCUUCUUCCUCUUUCUCCCUUCACUUUCUGUUAAAAACCUCUUCAAAACCCUAACUUCAAUUUGUUCCGAUCUCUCUCUCUGUUUCUCCAUGUCUCCUCACGGCGAUACUUGCGAUCCACUGCUACAUUCGUUGUUCCGUAGUUCUCUUUUCAAAUUCUAGAAGUUCGAGGUUCGUAUUCUUUCUGUUUGUAGAUUUCUAGUUUCGAGGACAGAUUAUUAUUAGGUAUGAAGCGGGAGUUGGCUUUUGCUUUGGAAGUUCAAUCUCAGCUUGAGGGGACUCUUGGUCAUACUCGUAGUGAGACUCUAGCUGAGGCGAGGUCGGGUAGUAAUUAUUUAGAUGAGGCUGCCCGGAGUGGUGGCUGCAAGAGAUUUAAAGGCUCUGUUGUGAAUGGUCUGAUUGUAUAUACUAGAGGAAGGAAGUCUCAGAUCAAUGUGUACAGCGGGUUGUCGGAGAAUGAUAAUAGGAAGAAAUGUGAUAGUACGGUGGAACUGGAAAUUCUUGGAAGCUUUGCAGCAGGGGAAAGUUGUAGAACUGAGGAGGUUCAAAUUCAAACGACGAGUUCUGUUUGUAAGAAAGAGUCCGAUGGGGUACUGGAAAAUUCUGCACAUAAGGAAGAAGGGGCCGAGGGGAGUCCCGUAGUUAUUGCAAAGGCCAUAAACGUUGAGGGGAAUUUUCCUGGGUGGGGAAUUAAGCGCUUUACACGCUCCUCAUUAAGACCGAAGGUUGAGCCCAUGGAAGUCACCCCAAUUGCAAUAAGCUCAGUUAAAGAGGAAGUUAUUUCAGAUGUCGGCGGGGAAACAAGUGAAACAGUCAACUCACUGUCAACUCCGAAGAAUAAGUUGGAAUUGAAAAUGUCGAAAAAGAUUGCAUUGAAUAAGAAGCCAAUGACUGUGAGGGAGCUGUUUGAUACUGGUUUGCUUGAGGGGGUACCUGUCAUUUACAUGGGUGUAAAAAAGGCAUAUGACUUUGGUCUGCGCGGUACAAUUAAAGAUGGUGGGAUUUUGUGUACAUGCUCCUCCUGCAACGGAUGCAGAGUCAUUCCUCCUUCACAAUUUGAGAUCCACGCUUGUAAACAAUAUAAACGAGCAGCACAGUAUAUAUGUCUUGAGAAUGGGAAGAGCCUGCUCGACUUGUUGAGAGCAUGUAAGGGAAGUAGGCAGACACUUGAGGCCACUAUACAAAGUCUGAUUAGCUCUUCUCCAGAAGGAAAAAAUUUUACGUGUAGAGAGUGUAAAGGAUGCUUUCCUUCAUCUGUUGGACAAGUGGGACCUUUAUGCCCCUCGUGCGAGGAAUCAAAGCGAUCUAAGUGUACGCUGGCACUGCCACCUCCUCCCACUUCCGCAAUUGAUAAGAGAUUGAGGUCGACAGAACCAACCACAUCAAAAUCAUCUGGAAGUGCUCCAGUACCUAUCUCUUCACGAUAUAAACGCAAAUGGGUAACAAAAGCAAAGUCAAAAUCGUUCGAAUACAUUCCCAUCUCAAGGUCCCCCAAAACUGCACCAAUGCAUAUUCCUUCAAAUAAUAAGAGUGUAUUGAAGAAGAGAAAGAAGUCACUGAAGCCAGCCUCAAUGUUAAAAUCCCCCCAAAGUGCUUCAAAGUGUAGUUCUUCAUUAGCAAAAAAUCAAUGGAAGAUUACAACGAAAGAUCAGAGGUUGCAUAAGUUGGUUUUUGAGGAAGACGGAUUGCCUGAUGGGACUGAAGUAGCUUAUUUCGCCAGGGGUCAGGUAGUUAAGACAGAUCAUAAAUUGCUCCAGGGUUAUAAGAAGGGAUCUGGAAUUUUAUGUUGCUGCUGCAAUUGUGUGGUUAGUCCUUCACAAUUCGAAGUUCAUGCUGGUUGGUCUUCCCGAAAGAAACCUUAUGCAUACAUUUACACGUCAAAUGGGGUUUCUCUGCAUGAAUUGGCAAUCUCUCUCUCAAAAGGGCGCAAGUAUUCUGCAAAGGAUAAUGAUGACUUGUGCAUAAUAUGUCUAGAUGGUGGAAAUCUUUUGCUUUGUGAUGGCUGCCCAAGGGCAUUCCACAAAGAAUGUGCAUCAUUAUCAAGUAUUCCUCGUGGUGAUUGGUAUUGUAAAUUUUGCCAGAAUAUGUUCCAAAGAGAGAAGUUUGUUGAGCAUAAUGUCAAUGCUUUUGCAGCCGGAAGGGUACAUGGAGUUGACCCUAUUGAGCAGAUAACUAAAAGAUGCAUUCGAAUUGUUAGGAACAUAGAAACAUAUCUUAGUGGAUGUGUGUUAUGCCGUGGCUCUGAUUUUAGCAAAUCAGGUUUUGGUCCCCGCACAAUUAUACUUUGUGAUCAGUGCGAGAAGGAAUUUCAUGUGGGCUGUCUAAAAGACCACAAAAUGGCAUUGCUUAAGGAAUUGCCAAGAGGAAAGUGGUUUUGUAGCAUAGUUUGUACGAGGAUACAUUCUGCUCUACAGAAGCUGCUAAUUCGUGGGCCAGAAAAGCUUCCAAAUUCACUUUUAGAUGCUGUCAAUAAAAAGCUUGGAGAAAAUGGUUCAGACAUUCAGGCAGUUGAUGUCAGUUGGAGGCUUAUCAGUGGCAAAAUUGCUUCACCUGAAACUCGGUUACUAUUAUCAGAGGCCAUUGCUAUCUUCCACGAUCGCUUUGAUCCUAUAGUUGAUAUAGCAAGUGGACGCGAUCUUAUUCCAGCCAUGGUGUACGGAAGGAAUGUAGGUGGACAAGAGUUUGGAGGCAUGUAUUGUGCCAUAUUAAUUGUCAACUCAUUUGUUGUAUCAGCGGCAAUGCUUCGAGUUUUUGGGCAAGAUAUUGCAGAGCUGCCACUGGUUGCAACAAGUAAUGGUAACCAUGGCAAGGGCUACUUCCAAACAUUGUUUUCGUGCAUUGAGAGGCUGCUAGCGUUCCUGAAAGUCAAAUGCCUUGUUCUCCCGGCUGCUGAAGAGGCCGAGUCUAUUUGGACUGAAAAAUUCGGUUUCAAGAGAAUAAAACCAGACCAGCUCAGCAGCUAUAGAAGACGUUGCUGCCAGAUGGUGACAUUCAAAGGCACAUCCAUGCUUCAGAAAACGGUUCCCUCGUGUCGGGUUGUAGGUGCUCCAUUGUGACCAAGACCAACCAUGGAGGGUGUGAGUGAUGUUCCCUCUCCGUUCUCUCCCACCAUCUCAUUCUGUAGCUUUGUCUGUGUAUAGCUUACAAACUUUCCCCCCCCUUUUUAGGCUGUUCAGUAAGAUGAGUGUAGUAGCUAGCUAAAUAUAUCCAUUUUAGUUAUAUUACAUCUUGAAAUGUACCUUUCCCCAACCUUCUCACUGGCCCUUACCCGAUAGUCAGUCUUCGUAGGUGAUGGUUUUAGGCAAAGCCAUUCUAAAUACCCUUUCCAUUCAUGCUUGGUAACCCAAUGCGUGCUUGUGAAUAUUCAAGUGCCCAUAUAUGUUAGUAUGAUAUGUUUAUAGUUAGUUCAUUUUGCUUUGUGUAA